GUAAAGUGAGGUUAGAAAAAUGUACGUUAUCAGUAAUACAGGUUUAAAAGCUUUAUUUUUGUUACGCAAUCAACUUGAUUAUCACUUAUUUAUGAGGGCUAAACCAAUGAUAAAUUUAUAGUAGUUAUUUUUAGGUGGUAUUUGUGUUGUUAUUCGGCCUAAAUAAACAUGUGAAGUUUUAUUUUUCAUCAAGUUGUAUUAACAAGUGAGUUUUUACUCCAUGUAUUUUUUUUAUCACUUUGAACAGUAUUGAAGAGUAUUUUUUUUAUGUUCAAUAUUAUUAAUUAUUUCUUGUUUACUCGGAAAUAAAUUAUCCAAGGCGUUAUUCAACAACAUAUAUAUUAUUAAUGUAAUGGAGCAUGUGGAAAGCCAUAACUUGACCAAAGAAAAUACCAUGGAUCACAUGGAGAGAAAUAAUUUGAAUAAUUUAGAUGUAGGCCUAAAGAGAACAGAGCUUACGAGAUGGAAUAAUUGGAGCGUUGAGUUGGUUUUGUUUCUUUACUUCUUGGCCUACAUGAUGACCUCUGUUAUAGAAGAAUCAUUGUUCAUUGAUAAAGCCUGUCGAAUCAAUUUGAACAUAUCUGCCAACAUAUGUGAUCACAUCAGCUUGAAGGAGAAUGAAAGCUACAAGAAAAAAGUGCAGCUGGUGGUGUCGAACUUCCGGCAGUACGAGAGCGUGGCCAUGCAUGCUGUGCCCACAGUGUUGGGUGUGUUUGUGGGCGCGUGGAGUGACCGUCACGGUCGCAAAUUGCCCAUGCUCAUGGGCCUCAGUGGAGCUGUUCUCUAUGCGGCCAUGCUCAUUGUCAACAUCGUCAACGAUUGGCCACUUGAGAGCAUCCUGUACACAGCGACAUUUCCGGCCGGAAUGACCGGAUCUGGAUUGGCCAUAUUUCUGGCAGCCUUCACCUACAUAUCGGACAUCACAACCCCUGACAGCCGAACCCACCGCAUUUCACUGCUCGAGGUCGCCUAUCUCAUUCCAAUGCCCACUGGAGUCGCUUUGGGGUCCUAUAUUUUCACAAACGUUGUCAACAGAUCGUACCUGGCAAUGUUUAGCAUUCAGUUGGCGCUACAGGUGGUGGCGUUUCUGUAUGCCUGCCUCACAAUGAAGUGCAAGACGAACCACUCAACUGUGGCCGAGCAUAGCGGCGACAGCCAUUGCUUCUGGGGCGUUUGCAACUGGAAUAUUGUGGUGGAGACGUGGCGGACUUUAACCAGGAAACAUCCCAAUAAUCGAAGAAUUCUUCUAAUUGCAAUCAUUUGUGCGAUGGGUCUUUACACAUUCCAAAGAGAUGAGAAACACAUAUUUUUCCUGUAUACUCAAUUGAAGUUCCACUGGUCUGUAUCAGAGUUCAGCAAAUUCAGAACUUUCCAUUCCAGUAUGAUAGUAGUAUGUCUUUUGGCAGCUACUCCUCUAUUCACAAAAGUAUUUGGAAUGAGGGAUACAAUUGUGGCCAGUAUUGGUUGUUUGGCCCAUGCUUCUGGCAGAGUGAUAUUUUCACUGGCACAACAGCGCUCCACUCUCUACUGUGGUGCGGCCGUGGCAUCUUUAGGCACAAUAGUUGCUCCCGUUCUGAGAUCAAUCACAUCUAAAUUGAUUCCACCUUCUGAGAGAGGUAAAGCGUUUAGCUUAUUGACAGUAGCAGAUCAGUCGGUGCCAAUAAUUUCUGGGGCACUUUUCAGUCAAAUUUACAAUGCGACAAUCGACUCGAAUCCAGCGGCCUUUUUCUCCAUCACCAUCAUCAGCCAGUUGGGUGUUCUAUUUUUUGUCAUGAUCAUCCAUUGCCGACUUGGAGGGAGAAAUAUUAAUCAGGCCGAGGAUUCCAGACUUGAAACAAACAGCGAUUAGAAUAUUGGACGACGCAACACCAGUGAGCUGAACAGCAUUCCUUAAUUGUAUUAUACAAGCUCUUAGAUUAGAUUAGUGUUAUAAGAUAGUAACGUGUAAGUAGGUUUUGUUACCAUAAGAUAUUUUGUGUGUUCUAUUUGUUAGAAUUUGCAUUCCGUUUAUUUUAGUAGAGUACUCAGUAUUUCAUAAAUGUUGAUACUUCUUACAUAAAUCUAUUUUUAUUUGUUCA